UUGAUGUGGACUGGGAGGCCUCACUAAAUCACGUGGUUGCAACAUUUACUCGCUCAUGCACUUAGCCAGAGCAGGCUUCAGUGAGGGUGUGUGUGUGUGUUUGAGGAGGGUGUGUGCUAUAGAGGGGAGAGUACCGAGGUGAACGACGGAAAGAGAUGCUGCACCUGUGCAUGAUCACCUGAAGAGCAGAAGAAAAGUCAGAUAAAAACAGAGCAGAGGUGAAGAUUUGCAAGCAUGGCGGGACAACUUUGAGUCUGAGAGAAUCUCCUUCCUCCUGCUCGUCAUCCACAGGGUCUGUCCCCCCCCCCCCCCCCCUGUCUGUCUCCUCCGGCGGCACCAUGGCCGACUCAAGUUGGGGGAAGCUGACCUUCUCCCGCAAGAAGAAGUCCGAAUCCAAAGUCCUGUACGAGAUCCCCGCGGAGUCCGGCAGCAACACCGCGCACAAGGAGCACCCCUCCAGCGGCGACCCCCCCCCGGACCGCAUGGACCGCAUGGACAGCCAGUUCAGCGCCAGGCUGGAGAAGAUUGUGGAUAAAUCCGCCACCAAGGGCCGCCACGUCAAAGUGUCCAACUCCGGACGCUUCAAGGAGAAGAAGAAGGUCCGCGCGACGCUGGUGGAGAAGCCGGACCUGUUCGCCGAGCACCACCUCAGUGACGAGAACCACCAGAAGAAGAGUGACAAAUAGCGGUGUCAGCGAAAGCUCGGCGAGGGAUAGAAACACACACACACAAGCACAACCAUGCGGGGCUUCAUGUGCAAGGUGGACAAACAGUUGUUACCAGGAGCCACACAAAGGCAGAUAGUGUAACCAAUGGAUACGCGCCUAAACACGCAGAGUGGUGCUGUUUAUUUAUCUGCAUAAACUGACGCGAGGAGCAGAAGCAUUAUUGUAAAUUCACGUUUUAUUUUUUAUGGAGGAUGCGGAUUUCUUUCGAUUUCAAGCCUCUUUGUUUUUGUCUUACACAAUCAGUACACAAGAUGUCCAUUUUUAUUACGUUUCUACGACCAAAGUAAAUAGAGACUUGAUUCUGAUGUCUGAAAUAUUGUGGUUCUCCAUGUAUAUGGUAAAUAAUAAUGUUUAUAAAAUCCUAAAUUUACAAAAAAUGUAUUUAGUUUUUAAUAAAUGUGACAAUAAGUUGAUAUAAAGAGUACAUUUGUGUACGAAUAGGUCUCAACCAUUUGAUUAAAUCAAUGAUGCAGGCGACUCUG